UAGCAACAAAAGGAAGUAUUUGUUGUUGCCCUCUCCUGCGGGACUCCCUACCAGUAAAUCCCGGGGUCUCGAGGCCUGGAGGCGUUGCCGGGCCGCUCAGCCCGGCGUGCGGGACCCCGUCUCAGGGAACGGCGGGGCUUCCGAAGGGCCCCGGAGGAUUUGGCCUUGCCAGCCUUGCCUCCCCCUCGUCCGUUUGGUUCCCCUCCGCCCGAUCCGUCCGUUGCUCGCCGAACGGGAGGCGAAGAGCUCGGCGGGGUUUCUCUUCCCGGGAAAUGGUGGGUCGUCGUGGGGCCUCUCUUCUACCUCAGGGCGAGCUAAGUCGCGGACUGUGAUCUCCGCCAGCCCGCCCGCCCGCCCGGAGCCUCCCGGGAGAAGCGAGGGCCGUGGACCCUGGCACUCCUGAACCCGAAUCUCAGGGUUUUCGGCCCUGAUCGCGGCCUCCUUCGACGUCGGAUGCCUUAGGAAGCCUGGAAUUAAUCUGCGGGCUGCUCUUGCUGUCGCCCUACUUGAACGGGAUGCUUCCCGCUGGGAUGUCCUGAAAUGCACUGGAUGCCUCGAUUGGAGGUCCAGCUCACCGCCUGUGUCUCUCUCUUUCCCCUCUUCACUCAGGGUCUCCUCCACGUGUCUUCUUCAGCCUCUGGGAUGGGGCUUCAUCCUUGAUAACCUCCUGCUCCAAAGAUGGGGCUCUGAAGGCCUGCCUGGAUUCUGAAGGAUGUGGCCUUGAAUGCCUUGGGCUUUUGGAAAAAUCAGCUCAGUUUAAAACUCGGCCCCCCAAAACCGAAAAAUCAGCUUAACCCCACUCAUCACCCAAUGCAUUUUGUGCUGUGUUUUAAUGUACAUUAAUAUGUCUGGCUCUGGGCCGCAUUCCCUGUUUUGGGAGGAAGUUUGUGUCGGUGGCUCCUGAUAAAUGAAUGUUGUGCCGAUCUGGGAAAUUCAGAAUGAUUUGACAGAGAAUAGGGGAUUAUUCCAAUGUGCUGUAUAAGAUGUUCAACUGGAGAAGGUUACUCUACAUCGCUGCAAUAAAAACCAGUUCUAACACACACAACCACAAGCUGAGGAUUUCAUAAUUUGAGGUCUUGGAAUGGUUGGGUGAGAAGAGGGGACCUGAAGCUCUGCAAUGAGACUGAGGGGUAUGUCUGAAUGCCUGUGGAUCCCUCUUUAAAGAGAGACAGGAUUAAGAAGGACAUUGGACGUGAGCAAUGGCUGAGGGCGAUGCUGCUCUGAGCAGUGAGCCGCCUAUGGGUCAAGAGGAACGGCCAUACAAAUGCAAGCAGUGCCCGCGGAGCUACCGCCACGCCGGCAGCCUGGUGAAUCACCGCCGUACCCACGAGGUAGGCCUUUUCCGCUGCCUGCUGUGCCACAAGGAUUUCUCCAACCCCAUGUCCCUGAAGAGUCACCUGCGCACUCAUACGGAAGAGAAGCGUCACAAAUGCCCAGACUGCGGCAGAAGCUUCAGAGUCUCAUCCCAGCUUCCAAGCCACCACUGUCCAGCUCAGGCCACCCAGGAGCAGGAAGAAGGCCAGAGGGAUGGGAGUUACAGCUUCCAAAGGGGCCAAGGUACGUCUUCUCCAGAUGUUGAUUCCCGUUCUGGGAUGGAAGGCAGCAGUGGGAGCCUGUUGUCCAACCUGGAGAAGUACAUUGCUGAGUCGGUGGUGCCAGCUGACUAUUCUCAGCAGGAGUUUCCAAUCAAAAUGAAAGAGGAGAAGCAGGAUCUGCUCCCGGGGCAUGAGGAGGAUGGGGAAGAGUCUGGGCUGCUGGCUGCCAUGGAGGAUGAGCGCCGUUACAAAUGCAACCAGUGUGAUAAAGCUUACAAACACCCCGGCAGCUUGACUAACCACAAACAGAGCCACACUCUGGGGGUCUAUCAGUGUGCCAUGUGUUACAAGGAGUUCUCCAACCUCAUGGCCCUCAGAAGCCACGCCCGUCUCCAUUCGGAGUAUCGGCCCUACAAGUGCCGCUUUUGCCACAAAGCCUUCCGGUUGCCCUCGGAGCUGCUGAGUCAUCAGAAAGCCCACAGCCAGGAAGAGAGCAAAUCCACAGACCCGUCAGCCUGGGAGGAUUUGGAGCAUGAUGUUUGGGAGGAGGACUCGAUAGAAACAUCAGCAAAGUUGGACAUCUAUCAGCCUCCUCCUGUGGGCACAGGCUUCGGGGACAGGGCUCCCUGCAGCCUCAAGGAUACCUCCAAGGCCGGUGGUGGAGAACGCUGUAAUCCAGAUGGAGAGCUGUGCGUCCGCUGCGGUGGGACCUUUGCUGACGAGGAGGAAUUAAAGGAACACAGUUGCCUUUACCCAAAGGAGGCAGAUGAAGAAGAAGAGGCUGAGGGCAGUAGCCCUUCCCAAGCAGCCCCCAGCUCCAAUGAAGCUUGGGAAGCCCGUCUGAAGAGCGAGGAAGGCUUUCCCAUGUCUGAAGAGCGCCCUUUCCGCUGUGGGGACUGUGGGAGGACAUACCGCCAUGCGGGGAGUCUCAUUAACCACCGGAAGAGCCAUCAGAUUGGGGUGUACAGUUGUACCGUCUGUUCAAAACAGUUGUACAAUUUGGCCGCCUUGAAGAACCACUUGCGGGUCCACCUCAGGUCCAAGCUCAACUCCUCGGCCCCAGAAGAGGCUUCCCAGCACCCGUCUGGGAUCCUGGACCCAUCGAAAGCACAGGACUACCCUGACAACUGCCCUACCCAGCCCUCGGACGCCUGGAGUGGACCAGCUGCCUGUCCCAAGGAAGAGGAAGAAAGGACUCUCGGGGAGGAAGAACGACCCUACCGGUGUGAAGAUUGCGGGAGGAGUUAUCGCCACCGUGGCAGUCUGGUGAACCAUCGCCACACUCAUCAAACAGGAAUCUUCCAGUGCUCCAUCUGCCCCAAGCAAUACUCCAACCUCAUGGCACUCCGGAACCACGUCCGCGUGCAUUUGCGGGCUGCGCGCAUGCGGGGCAAAGAAUUAGGGGACGGCUUGACUUGCAGUAAUUGCGGAGAGAGUUUUGAGGAAGAGGCCGAAUUCCAGCUUCAUCAGCUACGCCAUCUGCCCUGCACAGAGGACAUUGAGGCGGCCGAGGUGUCUAGGCUUGGCGUCCUUCACUCUCAGGAAGCAGAUCUUCUUCAGACUAUUAAACAGGACGUAGAAGCCCUGGAGAAUGGGGCAACAGUGGCUGAGGACAUCCUCCCAGCCUCAGAGAUGCCUCAGAUUUGUCACCAGUGCGGGUUGGCCUUCCCUACUGUGGCUAGCCUGCAGACUCACACCGUGCAACACGGCAAUGGAAGGGAGCGUUUGGAAGGGGUGGUGGAAGGAACCGAGCCACCUGUCCCCAUCCAGCGUCUCUAUGAGUGUGAGCUGUGUGGCAAGUCGUACCGGCAUUCAGGAAGCCUCAUCAAUCAUAAGCAGACGCACCAGACAGGUGACUUCAGCUGUUCACUUUGCAGCAAACACUUCCAAAACGUGGCCUCCCUCAAAAGUCACUUGCGUGGCCAUCAGAGGCCCAGGAGAGGACUGUCCGAGACACUGGUGACCACAAAUGAGGACACUGACACUGAAGCUGGCGCCGCCAUGCCUAUGGCUUUAUCUUUGGCAGAAGAGCUGAGAGAGAGUUGCAGUGUUCUGGAAAAAGAUGCCGCAGCCAAUGAUUGGCAAACCCAGUCACAAGCGUCUUCCCCAUUGCCUGACGAUUCUGAAGGCCUUCCUUAUCUCUGUGAGCAGUGUGGGUUGGGCUUUCACCAGGCCAAGAACUUAAUUGAACACCGGCAGACCCAUCAAGCUGGCAUCUACCAAUGUUCUCUCUGCCCUAAAGAGUAUCCCACCCUCCUCGCUCUAAAACACCACUUCCACGGGCACGCCAAGGCCACAGCAUCUGGCCAGGACAACCCCAUGGGUGAAGGCCACACUGAGGAGCAGCCAUUCCUCUGCAGCCUCUGCGGCAUGAUCUUCCCCAGCGAAGAGAGCCUUCAGGAUCACCACAGCCUCUUGCAUGAGGAGGGCGAAGGCCGGAGUGACAGUCCUCAUGUGCUGAAAAGGGAAACCGAAGAGCAGCUGGAUGGUGGAGGGGAUCCUGAGGAGGAGCAGCUCUUCUCCCACAUCUGUGGUUAUUGUGGACAGACAUUCGACGAUAUGGCCAGCUUGGAAGAGCACAGCAACGGGCAUCUGGAAGAGAAAGCAGCAGCCCUGGCCGAUACCUCUAUCCAGCUCCGGCGAGCUCCACGCAUGGAGGAUGACCCGCCCCAUCCACCGGCACCUUUGGUGGAAACACUUCCUCUUGCUGAUGACCUGCUGGACAGCCGGCCUUAUGCCUGUGGUCAGUGUGGCAAGACCUACCGUCAUGGUGGCAGCUUAGUUAAUCACAAAAAGAUCCACCUGAUUGGAGAUUACCAGUGCAGCAUCUGUUGCCGGCAAUACCGUAAUUUGUCUGCCUAUCGGAAUCACCUUCGAAACCACCCAAGAUGCAAGAUGAACGGCAGCGUACCCCAACUCCGACAAUUGAUCCCUGCUGCAGAAAGGGGGCUGCCUUGCACUUACGAGAAGCUAAAGGAUGAGCCGUGUGGUGCUUCCCAAAAUGGAGAAGCUCCUCCAAGCAAUUCUUUCCUUGCCUGUCCUAUAGGAAAAGAAAGAGUGGAACAAGGGGAAGAGUUGAGCUCAGGGCUUUCAAAGAGCAGAGAAGCUCAGGAAUGUGAUGUUCCUGGAGAAGGGAAUGAGAAGAUGGAGCCCCACCAAGCAAUACAGGAAAUGGAGACAACAGAGAAAGAGGAAGAAGGAGCAGCAGAGGAGAAGGGCCCUCAGGCGGAAGAGGAAGACUCUCUCUUGGAACGCCCCUUCCAGUGUGAUGUUUGUGGACGCAGCUACAAGCAUGCCGGCAGCCUCAUCAACCACAAACAGACCCAUAAGACAGGCCUCUUUCACUGCAGCAUUUGCCAGAAGCAGUUCUACAAUCUCAUGGCCCUCAAAAACCACAACCGCACCCAUUUUGAAACCAAACGCUACCGAUGUGCUGAGUGCCCCAAGGCGUUCCGGCUCCAAAAGCAACUGGCCAGCCACCAGCGCAUACAUCGGGACAGGAGGCCAGAGCCUGCUUUCCACUUGGUCCAUCAGAGGCCCCUUCGGGCCAAGCGAGCUAGCAAGGCAGAGACAUUCCCGCUUCUUCCGGCCCCUGCUAAGCAACUUCCAGAUCCUGAAGACCGUCCAUACAGAUGUGCGCAGUGUGGACGCUCAUACCGCCACGCAGGCAGCUUGCUCAACCACCAGAAGAGCCACAAGGUCGGGCACUUCCCCUGUCCCUUGUGCAGCAAGGCUUACCCCAAUCUCAUGUCCCUGAAGAACCACCAGCGCAUCCACUACGAAGUGAAACGUCACCAGUGUCCCGACUGCGGCAAAGCCUUCAAGUGGCAACGGCAACUGCAGAGGCACCAGCGCCGACCCCAUUCUUUCAGCAAGGUCAUGCCAGGGCAAGAGACUGAAAGAACUAGAACGGAUUGCGAAAGAGAUCAGGGGACCAACCCCGGAGAGGCACCUGUCGGGACUUUGCAGAACCAGCCGCGACCCAAACGCUUUCGCAACCGUGCCUCCCAAAAGAACCACAGUCGUGUACGUGCAAAGAAGCGUUUGGAGUGCUCGGAUUGCGGCAAAGCUUACCAGGCUUCCAGGGACCUGAUGCAGCAUCUAAGAAGGCAUCAAGCUGAGGAAAAAGGGGACAGUCCUAAAGGCAAGCUGCCAGAGGACCAGCUUUACAAGUGUCAUAGCUGUGAGCGGACGUACCGCCAUCCUGGUAGUCUGCUAAAUCACAAGAAGGCCCACGCGACCGGCCUCUAUCACUGCCCCUCUUGCCAGAGGGACUUCUACAACCUUCUGGCUCUCAAGAACCACCUUCACAUCCACACGGACAAGAGACGUCACCGAUGCCCCCAUUGUGGCAAGGCCUUCCGGACGGCUAAGCAGUUGGCCACCCACACGAAGGUCCACGGCAGGCCUGAGGGAGAAGAGACCUUCUCCUGCCCUGUCUGCUCGAAGAGGUUCUUCCACCACCUUACCUUCCAGCAGCACCAGUUGUUGCACACCAAGAAGAAAACCCUUCUGUUAAAGGUGGCAUUUACCUACUCUCCCAUCCAGUCUGGACCUGAAUUCCCCUGAGGAAGAGCCACUAAACCUAAUCCUGCACAAUAUGAAACAAUGCCCCUUAUUUCUCCCCAUUUCAGUUCUCAACAGGCAAGACUAACAAUGCUAAGCAGCAGCAAGGUGUCUCAGGAUAAUAGGCCUGGCGGUCCAACACUGGAAAGGCAACCGAGCAGGAAGGGAAGAUUUCCUUGUUUUGGUUGUCAUGAUGGGGGGUGGGGGGUGGGGGAAAUCUCAGCUUGAGAGAACGCUUGGAGUACUGUGAGUGGGCUGAUUCCUUAAUUCUGUUUUGCCCAGAAUACUUGGACCCCUUUAGGGUUUAGUGUUGAUCUGGAUGCAGAUCAGAUUGCAGAGAAGGGAUUCUAACCCCUGGGGGGAUUUCUCUACAGCUGGGAGGGGGGAACAGAGAAGGGAACCAAAUUAGCUGGGCUUGUUUUUCAAACACCCUGAGUUGUUUUUUUUUUUAAAGACCAGCCAGAAUGGAGAUGCCUUGAAACAAAGCAUCUUAGCAUGCUUUCCCUGUUCUGCAAGGCACAGCCAGAGGUUACUGGAGGUGCAUUAAAGAGCUGUCACCCUCAUAAUCCCUAGAAUUUGUAAAUGGUAUAUAGGGAUCAGCUUUUAGACUAUAGGGAUGUAGUAGGUGGGAUUAUGAAGACAUUAAAAAAUUAAACAAGAGGACUAGAAACUUGACCAUCACCAGGCUAUCUUCUUCUGUUUUGGGGUUGGCAUGGGUACCUGUUUCACUAUUGCUCUGAGGCCAGCCCCCAAUUUUGUCCUCAUUCAGGUAGAAUUUGGUUCAGUGGCAGAAUAAAUGUUUUUAAGUAGGAAAAGAGCUCUUCAUUUGUGAUUAAAGUUUUAUAGACUUUCUAACAUAGGCGGGUAAUAUUUUUCAUAGGGCGUGGGAGGGACAUGUAUUGGCUUAUUUUGCCAGCUGAAAUCUGUUUUUUUUUUCCUGCCUUCAAUGUUUAUCCUUACGAUGCCCAAUAACUCCAGAAUGUUGACGAUCAAGUCCUGUUUAUGCUGCUGUUUUGGAUAACUGACAUUUUAGCUCUGGUUCAGCAAAAAAAAAAAAAAAGUAAG